CGUACAACAACAGUGACCAUUAUAAAACUUGCUGGGUUUCCAAAAAGAAGAUAUAUAUGGAAGAUAGUAUGUUAGAUCUGCCGGAUUUAGUAUUCGAUGAAAAAGUGAGUAACAAGAGAGUAAGAGAUGGCGAAGAGGAAAUCAAUAUAGGAAGACUCGAAAAGAGGCCAAGUGGCAUUUUUGGUGUUAAUGGUGGUGGAGACUGCGAUAAAGAUCCAGUAAAUGAAGGAUUGGAAGCAAGUGGUGGUGGUGGUGGGAUCAUCGACACUUUCAUUUCAAAUGUUUUUCACCAGAAUGAAAGUGUUAUAGAAGGAGAAGUUGAAGUUGGUGGUUUAAUGAAAAGUGAUGUAACUGAUGUUGUAGUUGAAGAGAAAAGCGAAGAUUUAUGCAUCGGUAGUAGUGGAGGGCAUGGUGGAGACGAUGGUGGUGACGGAGAAAGUGGCGGUGGACGAGGUGGUGGGAUUAUCAACACUUUCAUUUCAAAUAUGUUUCACCAUAAUGGAAGUGGAGAUGAUGGUGGUGAUCAAGCGAAAACUGAUUUACUUAAUGAAGAUGGUGGUGGUGGGCCUGGUGGCAGUGUUGAACGAGCGGAUCUCGUUGCAGAAAAGCUGCCUGAGAAGACCAACACUGUGCCUGAUUUGUCUAGUAAACAUCUUACAGGGCAAAAACUAAACAUGCGACCAGAUGAUUAUUCAGAAAGAGUAUUUUUCCUAAACAAUAACUGAAGCUGAUCGCAUAGUAUGCCACGUUGAAGCACUGGAGCAUUCAAAGUCGACCAAGUUCAAAUUCAUGGAUGAUAUUGAUCUACGUGUUGCUAAUUUUAUUUGAUGCUUUCUUAACAGUUGAAGAAGAUAGUUUUUGAGGAU